CGGUUAGAGUAAAGUAGUGAAUUGAUGAAAUAAAUAUCAUAAUAAAUACUCACUUACAUGAAUUAAAUGCUAACAGUUUAAUAAUAUAAGCGAAGGUCGUUUUUGAUACCUGCAAAUACUAGAUUUCAAAGGAAAAUUCUACAAUACAGGCAAAGAAAAUUAAUUCUGUCUUUGGAAAGUUAGUGACCUGACGUGAGUUUCAUCACAUAAAGAACAACUAGCUAUAAUGGCUUCGACAAACCAGUCUGAAAGCGUUGCUGCUACAGCCUCACCUGCCCCCGCUGGCAACGAUGGAAUUACAAUUGAAUCGGUCAACAGAAUUUCAAAAAUUCCUGUAGUCGAAUCUACCAUACAAACGGCUACAACUAUUUACGAAAAAAUAAAGGAUUACAACACUGUAACACACUGGACUUUAUCAACUGCUGAAAAUACAGUUCAUAAGGCCAUUGAAGUCAGUAAACCCAUUACAUCUCCUGUGGUUCAUACUUUAGAAGGCCCAAUCAAAAAAGUAGACGAAAUACUUUGCAGCGGGUUAGACUACGUCGAAUCUAAAGUACCCGCCAUAAAACUACCCCCUGGAGAGAUAUUAUUACAGAUUUACAACAACACAAAAGAGUACAUAGAUCAUAAUGUAACACCGAAAGUCCAAAAUGUGUACAGCACCGUCGAACCAACAAUACAAACGGCCAAACACAUGGUCGAACCUGCUAUUCAAUCGGCCAAAAAUAUUGUUGAUCCGGCCGUUCAAAGUGCUAAGAACGUAGUCGAACCUGCCGUACAAACCGCUUAUCACUUGGUUGAACCCAUCGUACAACCUGCUGUUGAUAAAGUAAACCAAAUUUUACAUCCUCAUCCCGAACACAACGCAAAUAAUACUGAAACACCUGAACAAUCUACUGAAUGUCCAGAAUGUCCGUUAAAUUCUAAUUCAAAUUCAAAGAAAAAUGAACAUCAGCAAUAAUCGAUUAAUAUAUUUUAUGGCAUUUGUUCCUUUUAGUUUCUGUUUUUUUGUAUCUUUUGUUUAAAUGUUCUUUUUUUUUAGAAAGACUGUAUUUGUAUUACGUCUGUAUUUUGUACUACUCGCCUAAAUCUACUUACUUUUAUAUUUUUAUUAAACAUGCAAUACUUUUAGCAUCUAUUUCAAUAAAAUAAUAUUCGUAUAUACAUAA